AUGGCCGCAUGCACGCAUGAUCCGGGCGCGUCGCUCCCGCUCCCCUCCUACCCCCGGUGGUGUGGCGGCGUCGGCCACGAUGUGGUGAUGUGGUUGCGCUUUGAGGUUCAGCGCUUCGGAUGUUUGCCUAUGCUGACGGUUUGUUGUGCUUUGCGAGCGUUGUUGGCUUGGCUAUCUGGCAGCCGUGACCACGUAGCGCUUGACCCCAUGUUCGUGCCCGCAUGUGAUGCAGACCUGGGCAUCGUUGUGAACCGACCCGUGCUGGUCUCUUUCUGGGUCUUCGGCCUUCUGAUCGCUGCCUUCGCGGGUGGACUUCCAGUGGCUACUGGGAUAGCGUCGCAGAAGAAUCGAGACUGGGACAGCACGCGGGGAAUGGGCGUUUGUGAGACCAACCCAGAUUCACCGAAAGACACGCACAAGAAGUGCCAGAAGAAGUUCCGAAGCCAGUGCCCAGAUGCCAACUCCGCAACCAAGUACAGCACCAUGCUGCAGCAAGCAGAGGUCAUCGACAGCCGCGAACUUGGACAGCAGGCGAUGACAGAAUUGCAGAAAGCUGAGGCAGCUUACUACAGCCAGUCAGGCCUCUUCGGAUGCAGCGACGAUGACUGCAAGAGGGCGUACGACAAGGACCUCGACUAUGAGGCGAAGGAGGAGCCGGCGCCGAAGCGGCGGCGAGUCGAUCAUGGGGACGCACAGCGCGGCUGCACACGCAGUCAGCGUGCCGAUCAGACUUGGGCCGAGAUGCAGCAGCAGGAGGCCCAGGAGUCGAAAAAGUGGCCGCGGCGCCCUCAUGUGACCCUCCCACAGCCAACGCGCCCGAAGGCCAAAAGCGUUCCUGCGCAAAACUGCUUGGCCGUCGUCGCGCAGAUAGCGAAGUAUGGCCAGGUGAAAGAUGCGGACGAGCAUCUAUCGGUUCGUGACCUAAAGAAGAGGUCGCGUGCAGAGGCUGGAACGACAACCUCAAGCGUGGUACGGCCGGCGCCUAGCGUCAGCAAGUCCGACGUCCUGGCUGAGGUAGUCAAACUCAACAACCUUUCGGCAGGAGCUGUGCCCUCCACGGCCGAGGUGAAGCGCAAAGUCCGUUGGACGAAAGAGGAGCUUUCCGCUCAGAGCCAGAGCUCGGGACUCCCCAAGAUGAGGACCGUGCAGGUUCAGGAGUCGGUGAAGUUUGCCGGCGAGACGCUUACUGUGAAUCGGGAGCUCGUCUUGGGCUCCGCAGCGGAGCGACAGUUCCUGCUGUCCCAGAAGAGGCGUCAGUCGGCCAAGCUGGGCGGGAAGUUCGCUGCCUUGGACAAUCUGCUCCGGUCGGGGAAGGACAAGGUUCUCAACACCAUGGAGAAGUCUGAGCUGGAUUGGCAGCAACACCAGAAAGAGGCCGGGCUCGAGGACCUGGGCCGCGACCCACAGGCCGGCUACAUCGAGCGUGCUGAGUUCCUGCGGCGUGCGAAACUUCGCGCGUCGGAGGCCAUCCGCGACGCGGUCGAGAUGGCCCGGGCAGAGGUGGCCCGAGUGCAGAAGCACCGAGACCGCGUCCUGUCCGAGGGGCGGCAGGAAGUGGGGAUUUGGUCCUCCUUCGGCGUGCAGGCGAUGGCAGGGUCAAGAGGUGAGGCUUUAGAUGCCUUUAAACAGGGGGUUACAGGGCUUGAUUCGGUGAAGCAUGCUAGAGUUUAG